AUGGAGCCCACCGAGGACGCCAUUGACAACUUUGUCAGCUUCACAAGUACGUCGCGCGAUCGAGCGAUCUUGUUCUUGAAGGCGACUGGGUAUCUCAGCGACCCGGGAUUGCCAUGGGACUUUUCGCAACAAGAUAAUGCGCCUCCAUUACCUGCUACUGCCCCACCCUCGCGCCCUCCUUCCCGGAUUGACAAACGCACCACGGAACAAAACACUGGCACCCAGGGCGCUGAUGCAGGCACCUCAACAGAAGGCUCUGGAAAAGGCCUAAGCUUGGCAGAGCGUGAAGAAAAGGAGCUACAGCGCGCAGUUGCCAUGUCCCUAGGCUCUGACAUGGGGCAACAGGAAACCGGCGUCACAUCAAGUGGCCAGUCACAACUCAGCAAAGCGACCCGGGAUCACUACGAGGAAAAUGCAUGGGCAAUGACUCUUUUCAACUCGGAAGAAGUGACAACAAGCCCAGACCCUGAGGAUCGCAUAAGAAUGGAGGGCGAGCCAGCUUUUAUUCGCCCGAACGCAGAGGAAGUCUACCUAGGAGGAUUCUUGACCAUUCUUCACAACAUCCCUCUCGCACGGGAAGCUCUCCUCUUACGACAGAAGCUUCUCUUCGACUAUGGCCAUGAGCCACAGUGGUGGAAUGGGCAGGCAAUCAAUCUCCCAAAGAUCGUGACAGUCAGCGACGGCCAAGAGAUUGAUAAUGACUGGGAUGAUAUCAUCCAUGAGACCCAGCGGUUGAUGUCAUUUAUGGACUCUACAAAGCGCGGGUUUGGCAGCAGCGACAGUCUUGCAAAGCUCAAAAGCAUGUCGCCCAUGUCGACCGACUCCGAGGAUGCUGUCACCAGGUUUAUGGAAGCAUGGCAUGGUGCGGCGAUUCAAGCAAACCCCGAUAACCCCUUGUCUACCAUCUUCACAUCCCACGCAUACAAGAAAAGUGUCUUUGGUGACUACGAUCCCGAGGAUAAAGAACUAUUCACCUUCGAGCCCAGCGUGGAAAAGGAACAUGGACAAACGCUUUAUGAAGUCCUAGACACCGCUCUAUGGACCGACACCCCAGGACAAGAGCUUGACGACACGUGGCUUGAGCAUGUAGCCGAAGUGGUAGUCUUCAAGUUGGACGCGUUCCAAAAGCCAAACCCAGUGGACGUGGAGAUUCCAUCGGUGUUCUACCCAGACCGAUAUCUCAGCAGUUGUCGAGAUAUCGCCCGUGAAUUCCGCUCGAAGCGACUGGAGAUCCAAACAGAGAUUGGAAAACUUGACGCGCUCACGAAGAAAUACACGUACCCAGAAGGAUGUAUCAACGUUUUUACCGCCCAGGAAAUUUUCGUGAAAACAGCUGAUGGCUUGGAAGCGGAUGCGGGCUGCGUAAUAGGCUCCGGUCCUGCCAUAGAAGCGAAGAUCGCGGAGAAAAUUCGAAUCUCGAAGGAAUUGAGAAUAGUCGCCGAGAGGGUAGGACUCAAACUUCAAGAACUGGAGCAAAAGAGGCAGAGUGCAUUGGAAUCUCUCCGAGAGAUCUCCAAAACACUCACCGAGCCCUCUGAAUCGCCCUCCGAGCCUCCGAUCUACAAGUACACCCUUCGUGGCGUGUGCACUCAACCACAUGUGACUUAUGUUCUGUCAGAUCCUCAUGCGACUGCGGGAGACUUGAUGGAUAUGGACAGUGAACCGCACGACAACUACGAAUGGUGGCGCAUCAGUUAUUCAGCGGAGGAUGGAAAGGCCCGACAGGCCGAGAAGCGUCAAUCACAAAGCACAGAGCCCAGCCAGAGUAGCGACGCUGUUGGCUACACGAUUCGGAAGGUCUCGGAGGCUGAAGUGCUCCGAGCAGCCCGUGAAGAGUGGAGUUCUGUCUUGCUGGUUUAUGCAAGCAGCAAUGCAAUGAAUGCACAAGUGGAAUCUGCACCCCCACAGCUCCAGGUAAGAUACAUUCUCCGUGUACCGAGUUGGUAUUGGCAAGCACCGACUGACCGAAUCCAGGGCUUCGUGAAUAGAGACAACGAUGCACUCAGCGCUGAGCUUGAGCAGACCCCCGAGAUUGUCAUUAGCGAUCAAGAACAACCUUGGUCGGCAAAUUGGCCUGAUGUGGAGCAGCAACAGAAGCCACAGGGACCUGAGAAGCCUGCACAGGUCAAUGUAUUUGACUAUGAGGUCUCAAACUUCGAGGGCGAGCCGAACCCCAGCCAGGAGAUGGAACAGAAAGGAGGUGCAGGUCUCUGGGCCAGUGGUACGUCUCAUAUAGUGGAAAAGCCGCAAGACGAAAUCCAGUUGAUGGACGUGGACACGCCAGACGACAAUGACAAUGCACAUGUCGAGCAUGCGUAG